AAAAAAGAAUCGGCGAAACAGGAACAGUAUCAACUGUACAAACCACUGGCACAAACAGUACACACAAUACUACUUCACAAUACAGUGGUUACCAUGGUAACUAAUUACCAUAGCAACAUGACACAGAAACUAAGAUGGCUGCUAACCAAAGCCAUCAAAAUACAAGAUACUUGCAGAAUUUAUCCCACAGUAGCGAUAAAGAUUAUCUGAAAAUUGGGCCUACAGGCAGAAGAGAAAUAGAAAAAAGUGAUCGUGUUGAACGUGGACGAGUUUUUAUAACUCAAUGCGAUUCUGAUCAAGUAAACUUGGACGUAUUACUCCAUGCUGUACCUGAACUUGAUAUAAAUGACAUUGACAAGUCGAGAAAAAUGACGGGAAAAAGCGAUGAGAUUGUGCGUGAGGAAGAAUCUAAAGCUUCUGGAUUUAUUUGUAUGAGUAAAUCUGUCAAAAGGGUAAAUCGUACGCACCCGAGAAAAAGAAAUCUGCGUGAAAAUAAGCAAAACUUUUCCUUUCGGAAUGACGAAGUUGUUGCUAUUGACUUGGAGAAUCAAAGACUUUUGAGAAAUAUCAGUCAUCCUCGACCGAGCUCAGCCUCGAAAACUGCACUUGGUGGAAAUCAUUCUGUUCGUGUGAAAACCUCUUCAGAAGUCAACAGAAAGAAGUUUCAAAGAAGAAUAGACGAGGAAAAUCAGGCUAUAUUACGUCGCCUUGAAUCAGUGAAGCCAACAAAGACUUUGAAUCGAGAAUAUCUUCUACGAAAUCAAACACCUAAAGUUCAAAAACUACGAUCAACAAAAUCAUGCCAUUGCACUCCGCAUCUCAGGAAGCAUGACUCCAAGGCUUGAAAGGAAACUAAAUUACUACUGAAGGAAGUUAUGAGUUUUCCUCAUGGUUAUCGUCCAACAGUUCAUCGUAUGUUGGGUCAUGGCGGUGCAUUUUUCUACGUAUGGUGGCGAUGGCCAUGAAAACCAAACGUACCAUCAAUGAUGAUAUCCCUAAUACAAACAAAAGAAUCAAUAUUCCAGGUAUGAAACCUAACAUUAUCAUCUCGAUAAUAUCAAGUGUUGGAAAUACGAACAUCCAUCCUGUACUAACAUCUUCUUUGGAAAAUCUGUAAAAUGAUUUGUACAUAUUAAUGAUAGCCAUUACUGCAAGACUUAGUAGAGAAAUGGUUUCCGCUGUGUUGGCACGAGGGUUUUGGAAUGGUUUCACACAUUUAUGAUGUAAUAAGGCCAGCACACAGAUGAUUGCCAUGCACAUGAGUCGUAAAGUGGGAUCAGUGAUAAAACAACUAAGAAAUGUCAAGAAAAAACGUCGUGCAAUAAGAACGCUCUGCCAGUAGACAGCACCUGACUUUCCCUCUUCAGGCUUGCGAAAUGGAGCGAUAAAGAUGGAUUUCAGCGUAUCUGUAUACUCAGUAGUGUUUACUGUCCUGUUUACAGGACUUCGAUAAAUACUUAACCAUUGCAAGAGAUACUGUAAAGACCAAAAAAUGGAAAAAGGAAGUGGUACAACACAAGCGAGAAAGAAUUGCUUUGUUGAAAUCAUUCCAUUGUGCAAUUUCACGGCAAGCCAGGCUAACACCAGGAAGAAGGGAAUUAAUACAACAACGUCAAAUGCAAUGAACAGAAUCUGCCACCAUUGGUAGCAUAAUAUGUUACCAUCAUAAAACCAACGACGGUCAGAGUUUAUGGGAACGCAUUGAAUUAGUGCAAGACUAACGUUGGCAAUUUUUAUAUAUCCUAAGAGAAUGGUUUGCAUUGUUGCCCCCAGGUAACGUUUAAAUUUUGGAGUGUAUGCACCAAAGAUCUUACUUAUGAAAAAGUGAAGACUGUAGAUAAAGUAUAUGGCAAGUAAAGUUCCAAAUACAAAUGCAACAUCAAACAAAUGUUUUCCAGUUGCUGUGAGACCAGGUAUUGGACAUACACCUUCAAAAUGAACUCCCUGAAAAUUGAAAAAUCUCUGAACAGGAAUAAUUAUUUGGGCUUUCAAAAGGUGCUUUAUGUUUGUAUCUGUUUGCAGUAAGGAAGAAAUCUGAUAGAAAUAGAAAAUAAUUUCAAGAAA